AUGGGACUCUGGGUCCUCGAGCCAAAAACUACCGAGCCUGUCCCUGGGACGGUCCAUAUUCGGCGUGAACAUGAGAAGAGAUUGCAGGACACGGCGUUCUUGAAGCAUGGUACUGGCAGACAUGCUAAUCUGGUGCUGGUGCCGCAACCCUCCGAUUCACCCAACGAUCCUCUGAACUGGUCAAAAUGGUCCCGGCAUCUUCAUCUGCUGUAUCUGAGCGCCGGUACCGGCCUCAUGGGAGGCACUCACAAUUUUGUCAACCCUGCAAAUAAGCUGAUGGCCAAGUACUUUCACACCAGCAUUACCACCAUAUCUCGUAGUGUGAGCAUUAUCCUCCUCAUGUUUGCUGUAUCGGCAUUCAUCUCGAGCCCGCUUGCACGUAUAUAUGGGAAGCGCCCAGUUUUUCUCGUGAGCAAUGCCAUCGCCACUCUGGGAUACGUCAUUGUCAUUGCAAAACCCUCCAGCCUUGUCUGCCUAUAUGUCGGCCGUGCAAUUCACGGUCUAGGGAUAAGUGCACUCGAGUACCUAGUUUCGUCCAGCGUGGGUGAUCUGAUGUUUGUCCACGAGCGAGGCGUUCACCUCGCAAUCUGGCAUUUUGCCCUGUCUGGAGGCAACUCCGUCGGCCAGGUCAUCGGCAGUCAGAUUGUCGCGGCUCAAGGAUGGAUCUGGCCUUUUCGAUAUACUGUCAUUAUCCUAGUCGUGUAUACGAUCAUUCUAUUCUUCGCUUGUCCUGAAACCACCUACAAUCGCGCUGCGAAGUUCAACACCGACCAUGUCGAAGUCACCCUAGAUUCUUCAAGUGAGAAGUCCGCUGAAGAACAACCCACUUCGAAAUCAUAUGAUGCGGUUUCGGUGCAAGAAGAGCCUGCCGACAGUCGAAGCCUCGAGGCGAUAGAAGGCCCAACAGAUAAGAAACACACCUAUUGGCAGUCCUUGAAAGUAUACAACGGACGCUUCACGGAUGAGUCACUGUUGAGGUCUCUGAUUACCCCCUGGAGUGCUUUCCUGCUCCCUGCUGUUAGCUGGACUGCUUACACAUACGGCUGCUCGGUGGCAUUCUCCGCCUCAUUCUCGGUGUCCAUUUCCCAAAUAUUCAGUAAGCCGCCUUACAGGUUCGAUACGUCACAGACAGGCUUGACCGUUCUCUCCGCCUUCGUGGGAUCAUUCCUCGGCAACGUCAUCCCAGGUCCGCUAUCCGACUGGUUGGUCAAGUAUAUGUCGCGGAAGAACAAGGGAGUGUACGAGCCCGAGUUUCGAAAUGUCCUUUGCGUGCCAGGACUGAUCUUUGGUUUGAUGGGGUUUUGGGGCUUUGGCUGGUCGUUGGAUGCGAAGGCUAACUGGAUGGCGCCCGUUUUCUUCUUCGGUCUGGCCACAUUCGCGACGUCCAUCCAAUCAUUUGUAUCCAACGCUUACCUUUUGGAUUGUCAUCGCAUGUAUGCGCAGGAUGGUUACGCUGCCGUCACUAUCUUCCGUGGGGUCUUUUCCUUUGUCAUGACGUUCGUCAUUAACGACUGGAUUGCAAGAGACGGAAGCAAAACCGUUUUCUUCAUCAUUGGCAUGCUGCACGGAGUGAAUUGCGUGCUAGGAAUGGUUCUAUAUGUGUACGGGAAGAAGGUUCGAUAUUGGGUUUCAAAGAACCAUUUCAUCCAGAACAGCCUGCCGAAAGUCAAAGGCGCAAGAGCCACUAUUUAG